AUGCGCGCCUUCACUCCAGCUCUCGCCCUCGCCUUCGUCGCUACCGUCUUCAGCGGCAUGGCGAUCGCCACUCCUCUCGAGGACGCCGCCCUCGCGUACAAGAUCGAUGGAUGCGGCACCGUGGGUGGCCAACUCCCCGCGGGCUGCAAUGGCGGCGGCACCAAGGGCUGCAAGUGCAGCGGCAUCGGUGUAUACGGCUGCACUGAGGCCGAGGAUACCAAGACUUGCAAGUCGAAGGGCUGCUCUCUGAACAUCUUCCUGAACAGAAAACGGCAUUUGAUACUUUUGCGCUCAUUCAUGUUCGAUCAGCCGUAUGUCUCAUAAACCAUAGUUUAGUUUCGUAGUUAUAUAACCAUUAUGUUAGCGUACCACAAGUUAUGGUUGCUAUCUACAUGACUAUCCUGCCAAUUCGUAUUUGUUUG